AUGGACACGUGGGCAGAUGAAGGCUCCAAGCCCAUUCCCUGUGAUUACAGCGAAACCAACAUCGGUGAAAACCAGCAGAGGUCAAGCUUCACAGAUAUGGAGCUUGAGCCACUUCAACUGGAGGCCGUCCCUCCAUACCCCAAGCAAAACGCCCGCGAUUCACUUUUCAGCCUGCAUAACCAAAUCCAUAAGCGUGAGAAGCCAACUCAACCUGUUCCACGCCGUCUAGCUCGUCACUGCUCGGCUCAACAGUCCCGGCCACAGCAAGUUUCGGAUACCGAGGAACCGAUACUCGUGCGUCAACUCCUCAUUGACCCAGUCCUCGAGCCAUCCGCCCUUGCCUUCUCCGACUCAACAUCCUCCAUGUCCAGCUCUGUGGAGGGGGCGCAAAGUGUUGGAAAGUUUGUGAUCAACAAGGUGCGGAAAGCAGCAUCUCAUGGCGCAGCGACAUGUCGAACACUGCGAAAGAAAUUGAGUCGAUAA